AUGGGUCCUCUACUUGCACUCGGGUAUAAAAAAACACUGGACCUCGAAGAUGUUCCUCAGCUUUCUAAUUGUGAUAGUGCUAAUGUGGUCUUUCCUCAUUUUAGAAAUAAUAUUGAAUCUGAAAAUAAUGGUAGCGGUAAUGGUGGUCAAGUAAACACACUUAACUUGGUGAAGGCAUUAAUCCUCUCAACAUCGAAAGAAAUUCUACGGACAACUAUACUCUCCAUCGUAUGCACAUUUGCUUCUUUUGUUGGACCAUACCUUAUUGAAUCCUUUGUCCAGUAUCUUGAUAGCCCUCACCAACUAAAAUAUAAGGGAUAUGAACUAGUGUUUAUUUUCUUUCUUUCAAAGCUUAUAAAGUGCCUCUCAGAGAGGCACUUGUUCUUUCAAUUGCGAAAGAUGGCAAUUAGGGUCCGUACUGCCUUGUUUGCAAUAAUCUAUGAGAAGAAUCUUAGGCUUUCAAGCCAAUCAAAGCAGAGCCACACUAGUGGAAAGAACACUAAUUUGAUGAGUGUUGAUAUUGAGAGGAUAGCAUUUUUUAGUUGGUAUUUGCAAAAUAUAUGGAAAAUUCCGGUUCAAGUUGUUAUAGCAUUAUUAAUAUUGUACAAUAAACUUAGGCUUGCUUCACUUGCAACUUUUGUUGCCACAAUGAUUUUGAUGUUAGCAAAUCUUCCACUAGGAAAACUACAAGAGAAAUUUCAGGAGGAGUUGAUGGAUUCAAAGGAUCAAAGGAUGAAGGCAACAUCCGAGGCUCUGAGAAAUAUGAGGAUUCUCAAACUGCAGAGUUGGGAAAUGAAGUUCUUGGAUAAGAUAAUUGAGCGGCGAAACUUUGAAACAAUAUGGUUAAAAAAGUUACUUUAUACAUCAACUAUUUAUGCCUUUGUCUUCUUUUCCGCUCCCAUGUUUGUAUCCAUGGUUACUUUUGGGUUCUGUGUGUUAAUGGGAAUUCCGUUAGAAUCGGGAAAGAUUCUUUCUGCAAUUGCAACAUUUGAGAUAUUGCAAGUGCCCAUUUAUAAUCUCCCGGACACAAUCUCCAUGAUGGUUCAAACUAAAGUUUCCCUCGACAGGAUAUCCUCAUUCCUCUGUCUCAGCGAUCAUCAUCCGAAUAUUGUACAAAACCUUCCAAGAGAUAGUGGUGAGGUUGCAAUUGAAAUAGUCAAGGGGAAUUUUUCUUGGGACCUUCAUUCCUGUAAUCCCACAUUAAAAGACCUUAAUUUCCGAGUGUAUCAUGGUAUGAAAGUGGCUAUUUGUGGUUCUGUUGGGUCAGGAAAAUCAAGCCUACUUUCAUGUAUAUUGGGGGAAGGGCCAAAGGUAUCUGGAGAUAUCAAGUUGAAUGGGUUGAAGGCUUAUGUUCCACAAUCACCUUGGAUACAAAGUGGAAAAAUAGUAGAUAAUAUAUUAUUUGGUGAGGAUAUGAAUAAAGAAAAGUAUGAGAUGAUCCUUGAAGCAUGUUCAUUGAAGAAGGAUCUUGAAUUGUUUGCUUUUGGGGACAAGACCAUAAUAGGGGAGAGGGGAAUCAACCUAAGUGGUGGGCAGAAGCAAAGAAUUCAGAUUGCACGUGCUUUAUACCAUGAUGUCGACAUUUAUCUACUUGAUGAUCCUUUUAGUGCAGUUGAUGUUCACACAGGAACUCAUCUAUUUAAGGAGUGUUUGCUGGGAAUUUUGGGUUCAAAAACAGUAAUUUAUGUUACCCACCAAGUCGAGUUUCUACCCUUUGCUGAUCUUAUCCUGGUUAUGAGAGAUGGAAAGAUUACUCAAGUAGGAAAUUAUGAAGAAAUUCUUAGUUCAGGAACUGACUUCAUGGAGUUAGUGGGUGCACAUAAUAAAGCUUUGACUGAACUUAAUUCUAUUGAACAUGGGGCUACUUCGAAUAAUUUAAUUAAUGGUGACAAGGAUGGUAAUAUUCUGUGUAGCAAGAAGGCUAUUGAAAUUGAUGAAGAAAAGAAACCCAAAACCUACAAAACAGAAAAACAGGUUGGGCAAGAAGGGCAGCUCGUCCAAGAAGAAAAGAGAGAAAUGGGUGGAGUUAGUGCUUCAGUCUACUGGAAUUAUGUUACUACUGCAUAUAAAGGAGCUUUUGUACCAUUGAUAAUAAUGGCACAAAUUAUUUUUCAGCUACUCGUAAUAGUCAGUAAUUACUGGAUGGUGAUGUCUACUCCUGUUUCAGAGGAUGUGAGACCUUAUGUUAAAGGAUCCACUCUCAUCCUUGUUUAUGUUGCUCUAACCCUUGGAAGCUCUGUUUGUGUACUUAUCAGAUCGAUGCUCGUUGUCACCGUUGGAUACAAGACAGCCACUUUGUUCUUCAACAAAAUGCAUUUGUGCAUUUUUCGUGCUCCUUUGUCUUUUUUUGAUUCUACUCCAAGUGGAAGGAUUCUAAAUCGAGUUAUUGCAUGGAAAAUGUUAAUAGUUUUUAUUCCAAUGACUGUGACAUGCAUCUGGUACCAGCAAUACUACAUAUCUACAGCACGAGAACUAUCGCGGAUGAUUGGAGUAUGCCAGGCUCCAAUUAUACAACAUUUUGAUGAAUCUAGUUUAGGUUCAACAACAAUCAGGUGCUUUGAUCAAGAAGAACGAUUUAUAGACACAAACCUCAAGCUAGUGGAUGGGUAUUGUCGGCCCAUAUUUUAUUUCUCGGGUGCAAUGGAGUGGUUAUGUUUUCGUAUGGACAUGUUAGCAUCUAUCACAUAUGCCAUUUCUUUGGUUUUCUUGAUCUCAAUGCCGAAGGAAGUUCUCAUUCCUGGUUUUGCGGGUUUAGCAAUCACAUAUGGGCUAGGCUUCAGUAUGUAUCCGGUCAUAUGGGAUCUUUGCAAUCUUGAGAAUAAAAUCAUAUCUAUUGAGAGAAUAUUGCAAUACACAUGCAUCCCUAGUGAAUCCCCUUUGCUGGUAGAAGAAAAUAAGCUAAGUCCCGAUUGGCCAUCACAAGGGAAAAUUGACAUUGUUGAUCUGCAGAUUCAGUAUGCUCCACACCUUCCUCUUGUUUUACGAGGUCUCACCUGCACUUUCCCCAAAGGUUUGAAGAUUGGCAUCUUUGGGAGAACAGGAAGUGGUAAAUCAACUCUUGUACAAGCUCUCUUCCACACGCUUGAACCUACAGUUGGUCAGAUUCUGAUAGAUGGUAUAAACAUCUUCAAAAUUGGGCUUCAUGACUUGCGGUCGAGAUUAAGCAUCAUUCCGCAAGACCCCACAAUGUUUGCGGGGACUCUAAGAAGAAAUAUUGACCCGCUUGAAGAGUACACUGAUGAACAGAUCUGGGAGGUUUUAGAUAAAUGCCAGCUUGGUGAUGAGGUUAGAAAGAAGGAAGGGAAGCUUGAUUCUGCAGUGAGUGAAAAUGGAGAGAAUUGGAGCAUGGGUCAGAGGCAACUAGUAUGCUUAGGUCGGGUAUUACUUAAGAGGAGCAAAGUGUUAAUACUUGAUGAAGCUACUGCAUCAAUGGAUACUGCAACUGACAAGCUAAUUCAACAAACAAUUAAAAAACACUUCUCAGGGUCUACGGUCAUCACAAUUGCACAUAGGAUAACAUCAAUUCUUGAUAUUGAUAAGGUCCUUCUUCUCGAUGAUGGUCUGAUACUAGAAUAUGAUUCGCCCACCAAAUUGUUAGAGAAUAAGUCUUCAUCAUUUGCAAAACUUGUUAAGGAAUAUACUCAAAGAUGUAGUUCCUAGUUUUUGGAAGGCUAAAUAAGCAGGAUUUGAAUGUUUAAA